UGACAGUGACAGUAACCAAACAAAACAAUUUUAAAUGGUCUUAUAAUUUGUACUGAAUUAAAUAAGUAAGAUAUUAUUAAAAGCCGAUGGAUAAUUAGUGAAAAUAGUGAACACCAUGAAUACAUUUCUGCCAAUUUGCGUUUUUAUUAUUAUGAACUAUUACGUCACCAGGUAAAAAUGUUUAUAAAUAAAUUGAAAGAUCAGCCAAUCGACACAAUUACCUACUCUAAAAUGUCAUUCAUCACUUUAUUUUUUAAAACGGAACUAACUUGUAUACCAAACAUACUCGCCAAAUGGCUAGGAGAUUACUACAACAACGCUCUAUGCAACGGAGCCACCUGGGUGUUUCUAUUAUGGUGGAUGUUACACAUGGGCUUUAACAAAUGCAUCGCCGCCUUGUUGAAACGGUUGUCGUUUAAACACCACGAGCGGGACAGAUUAACGGAGGUUCUGUGGUACCUGGGCUUCUACGGUACCAGCGUCGUGUACUGCGGAGCGGCCCUAUCCCGCAACGAAGUCGAAUUGUUCAAUUUCAAAAGAAUGAACGUUCCCUCGAGCAGCGUGCUACCUACGCAAGUCGUGCUCGGCUACACUUUAAUAUCGAUGUUCUACUUGCAUUCGGCGCUUUGGGAGGGAAUCACCAAAACGAGAAUCGCCAAUAUGGCGUCGUAUGUGUGCCUGUUUUUGUUUAUGUUGUCUUCGUAUAUAUUGAGGGUGGUGGAAAUUUCUUUCACCCUCUCGGCUUUAAUAAGUAUCGCUUAUGUAUCGUCGCAAAUUACGAAGGGAUUGAUCGUGGUGUUAGAUCAGAAAUCAUUGUGCACGAAGAUCGUUAUAUCCGCUUUGUUUGUCACAACAUUCGCCUUACAUUUGUCAGUCAAUCUAGUCGUGAUUCCGUUAACUUUCGUCAUACCUUUGGGGUUGAAACUUAUCUCGGAUUACCCCAAUAUAUUACUAGGUUUUUUAUUCUGCAAUUUAAUCGCGUGGCUAGUAAUAGAAAUAUACAAUGGGGUGUUGUUUAAAUUUGUCAACCAUUGGUUGUACCACCAGCAAGAGAUUAAACGAAAGGAUAGCAUAAGUAGUACCGAUGGCUUUGAACAAUCCAGCAAAGGUCAGGGUUGUACGAGCAGUUUGGUAGAAUGCUCGUUAUUUCCGCCGAGAGAUGAUGUAGUAUUCGAGAUACAAAAGGCGAGAAGGGAAAUAGAAGAAAGAAAAGCCAAGCAAUUGGCUUUGAGGAAACCAAAGAAUAUGCUAGUACAAACUCUUAAAUGUAUGUUAACUAUAAACAAGAAAAUUAAACAGAGGCGUCAAAGAUUGGAAAGUGAAUCGGAAAGUUCUGAAAAUACAGAAGAAACUCCACCGAACGACGAAUCAGAACCCGAAACUACAGAAGUACCUCGCAAUAAAGAAUUAGAUACCAAAGAAUUAAUCGACAAAUUAGAACAAACGGCAUCAGAAGAAUGCGAAUACGAACAGUAAAAGUGUAUGAUUAAAUAAACGAUCGAUCACUGUUCAAACCCAA